AUGGCAGAAGAAAAUAAGACUCUCGUCACUGAGUUUGUUCUCACAGGACUAACAGAUCGUCCAGGGCUGCAGCUGCCUCUGUUCCUGGUGUUCUUCGUGGUCUACCUCAUCACCAUGGUGGGCAACCUUGGACUGAUUGCUGUCAUCUGGAGGGACCCUCACCUUCACACCCCCAUGUACUUGUUCCUUGGCAGUUUAGCCUUUGCAGAUGCUUGGUCUUCAUCCUCGGUGACUCCCAAAAUGCUUAUCAAUUUUUUAUCAAAGAAUCAUGUGAUAUCCCUCUUUGAUUGUAUGGCCCAAUUUUACUUUUUUGGUUCCAGUGCAACCACAGAAUGUUUCCUCCUGGUAGUGAUGGCCUAUGACCGCUACGUAGCCAUAUGUAAUCCUUUGCUUUAUCCAGUGGUGAUGUCCAAUAGGCUCUGUACUCAGUUUAUAGGUGCUUCAUAUUUUAUAGGUGUUCUGCAUGCAGCGAUUCAUCUGGGUUUUUUAGUUAGAUUAACUUUCUGCAGGUCCAAUAUCAUUGAUUAUUUCUACUGUGAAAUUUUACAACUGUUCAAAAUUUCAUGCACAGAUCCCAUGGUUAAUAUGCUUUUAGUUUUAAUAUUUUCAGCCUUUAUACAAGCCUUCACUUUUAUAACUAUCAUCGUCUCUUACUCCUAUGUCCUCUUUGCCAUCCUGGAAAAGAAGUCUGAGCAGGGCAGAGGCAAAGCCUUCUCCACGUGCAGUGCCCAUCUGCUCUCUGUCUCUUUGUUCUAUGGCACACUCUUUUUCAUGUACGUGCGUCCUGGGUCUGGACCAGGUGGAAAUCAGGACAAAAUGUAUUCUUUAUUUUACACAGUAAUAAUUCCCCUGCUAAAUCCUUUUAUUUACAGCCUGAGGAACAAAGAGGUUAUAGGUGCCUUGAAAAGAAUAAUUAAGAAAUAA